GGCGGGGCCAGCGCGGCUGCCGGGUGCCGGAGGCGCCAUUGGAGCCGGCUUGGCUUGGGAGCCAUAGCUGGAGAGUUGGAUCCAGGGCCGUCCUUGCAGCCGCGUCUGCGUCUGGUCUCUGGCCCUUCCGCGGGAUGGCGUGCGGGGCGACACUGAAGCGGCCCAUGGAGUUCGAGGCGGCGCUGCUGAGCCCCGGUUCCCCGAAGCGGCGACGCUGCGCCCCUCUGCCCGGCCCCACUCCGGGCCUCAGGCCCCCGGACGCCGAGCCGCCGCCGCUUCAGAUGCAGACGCCGCCGGCGAGCCUCCAGCAGCCUGCCCCGCCCGGCAGCGAGCGUCGCCUUCCAACUCCCGAGCAAAUUUUUCAGAACAUAAAACAAGAAUAUAAUCGUUACCAGAGAUGGAGACAUUUAGAAGUUGUUCUCAGUCAAAGNGAAGCCUGUACUUCAGAAAGUCAGCCUCCCUCCUCGGCACUUACCGCACCAAGUUCUCCAGGUGCUUUCUGGAUGAAGAAGGACCAGCCCACCUUUACCCUUCGACAAGUGGGGAUAAUAUGUGAGCGUCUCUUAAAAGACUAUGAAGAUAAAGUCCGAGAGGAGUAUGAGCAGAUCCUCAGUACCAAACUCGCAGAACAGUAUGAAUCGUUUGUGAAAUUCACACAUGAUCAGAUCAUGCGGCGAUACGGGACAAGGCCAACAAGCUAUGUAUCCUGAAGCCUUCUUGCCUAUCUGGGUACCAGGUGUGACCUCAAGAGAUGGCUGCUGUACACUUUUUGCAAC